UUUAUAAUUUUAAUAAAAAUUUAUUCGAAUCAUAUUUUUAAUUCAAAAUAUGAAUUUGAAAGUGUAAAUUAUAAAAUGUAGUUAUUUGCAACAAAUUUAGUUUGCUUUACAUUCAAACAUAUGAAAAAAAUUGAGGAAAUGAAAACGAUAAUAUUUUGUAUUAGUCAUUGAACUAUUUAGAAUUAAUGUAUUUGCUUUUUGUUAAAUAUUUGUAAAACUUUUAUAUGGAAACUAAAAAAGAUAUUUAUAAUUUGUGGAUACAGUACACCACUAAGAAUGAUGAACUUUACUUUCGCCAAUUCGUAAGUGGUUUUGUGCAAAUAUGGAGGAACCAACUAAAUUUGGAUGUAUCCGAAGUCCCAUUGAGUAUCAACAUUAAAACGGAUAGUGGACCUCAUCUUAGCAGGCUUCCAGAUGAAUUAUUACCAGCAAUCACGAAGUUUAUUAUAAUUGCUAGGGAUGAAAUAGAAAAGGAUCAAAUCUCUAGUGAGAAACUUGAGGAGACUUCUCUGUUAAUUGAAUGUCUCAUAAUAAUUAGCAGAAAUUUCGAAAAUAUUACAACUAUUGUAAAACAUGAUUUUAUAGGAAACUUAAUAGCAUUAUUAGUUAAAUUAUACUCGAAAAUAUUAGAAUCGAAAGAGUUAACUUCAAUUGAAACGGAAAUUUUCGAUAACUUUUGUAAAUUUCUCGAAGUUAUUUAUGAUCCGUAUUUUACAUGGCGGAAUUUUUUUAACGGAAAUUUUUUGAAUUCGAAUUCCUUUAGUUAUACAUCAAACUCAAUACAUGUUGAAGUAAUUCCUUUUAUGUACGAUUGCUUUCAAUAUGAAGAAAUAUUUAAAUUUCCUUCAAUCGGUAUUAGUUUGGUCCACGCUUUGGGUUCUAUUAUAUCUGGGUCACAAAAAUCUUUAACCCCGGAAAAUAAUGUUUUAAAUAAUAAAGUAUAUGGUGAAAGGACGCUUAGUUUUAUAUGUGAUAAUUUGAACAACGGAUUACGGGCAAUUUGUCCAGCAACUGUCUCCAUUAUUAUAAAUAUAAUUUCCAAGUGGGAGUGUACUAAAGAAUUACGUCAAACUACACUUAAAUGUUUUGCUUUAAUGGUGAUAGUUUUGCAACGAUCUAGUCCAGAAGAACGCCAAAUUGAGCUAGUUACAAUUAUACAACUUUAUAGUGAUGCCAUUUUCAAUUUGUUAAAAAUUGAACAUUUUAAAAACAAAAAAAAUCAGACCACGUCUCACUUCGAAAUAAUUGCAGACGAGACGUCAGAGAUUCCUGUAGAUGUUACCGCUCUUCAAGCAACUAUUGAAAAUGUGAAUUUGUUCUUGUUAAAUCAAUCCGACCCAGAUUAUAUAUGCUCAGUUAUUUUUGAAACGAAUUUGGUAGACAUACUGAUUUCAGUUCCUUUUAAAAUUGAGGAUUGGAAUAUUAACACAGAAAUAAUUUUAUGUAAUCUAAUCAAAAUCUUAUCAUCACUGACAAAAUCAUCGAAUCAAAUUAUAAAGAACAUUAAUGAAACGAAAAAAAUUGAUAAACUAUUUGAUGGUAUCCAGCGUCUUGGAAAACCCACUGAAAAGUUGCUUCAGUUGUGCUUUAGUUUGGCUUUUGAUAAUGAUGUAAAAAGUCUUGUAAUUCCAGAAGUUAUAUUGAAAUUAAUAAAAUGGCUUACAAAAAUGAACGAAAAUGAACAAAAUUACUUGAGUAAUUUAAUUUUAAAGGGCUGUACACAUAAUUACAAAUGUAAACUGAAAUCGUGUGAAGUACUUACAAUUUUCGCAAUAUGUGAUUCUAUUACAAAUUUCGAUCUUUUAUCAGAAGCCUGUAUUAACAAUUUAUUGAAAUUAAUGGAAGAACUUGCUAAACUAAGUAUACAGCCAAAAGAAAUGAAACGUAUAAUGUGGUUGCUUCGAAGGAAAAGUAAAUUUCCGUACUCAAAAAAAUUAUUGCAAAGUCUAGUCACAAUAACUUUGCAAAGUGCAAUUUCUACUAACUGUCGAACGCAAUAUUUAGAUAUACAAAACCCUGAAGACGGUAUAAUUGUGCAGGGUAUCAAAAAUUGGACUGUAUCAGGAUCAUAUGGAUUUAUAUUCCAUUGCUUAUUGAGAUUAGAUCCAAUAGAUUUAUCUAUAAGUAACAAAAGUGUUCGUAGGAUGAUAUUCAGAAUAAACACCAGUUCGAACAUAGGAUAUGAAAUUUUUAUGCAAAACAACGGUAACUUAAUAGUAGCAGCUCUAACACGCCGUGAAUAUUUAACGUCAUCUGUUACUGCAAAAUCUUUAUUAGAUGGGCGUUGGCAUUAUAUUACAGUUGCCAUUUUGCCGCCAAAAAGACCCUUUUCUUACAGUCAAAUUAACGUGUAUAUAGAUUUUUUACAAAAACUAAGUACUACGUUAAAGGUUCAAUCUAUAAGUGAGCCUUUCAGCUCUUGCACAAUAGGAUCCACUUUCACGGCUGCUCAACCAGACAAUUUAGUUGAAACAAGGUAUACCCGUUCAGCUUCUCAGGAUAACACAAAUAUAAGGGGUAUACUGCCAAAUUUUCUAGAAAGAACCCUUUCUUCUAACGUCUCAAAUUAUUUUACUCUCCCAUUAAGAAGCUCAACGGGAUUUGAUCCUAAUGUAAAAAAUUUCCCAAUAGGAAUGGAAAAUAAUGUUUUUGGAGAUCCAACGUGUUUAAGAGGUCAAAUCGAUUCCAUUAUUUUAGCUGAUCCUGCAACUAAUAUAAAGACAAUAUUUGAUAUUGGCGACAACUUUCCAUCAAUGUUUUCUCAAGAUGCUGAGACGCUUGAUAUUGCUUCGCGUUUUGUAUUUUGUUAUUCAGCUGCCUCUUAUUACAGUAAUAUUUGCCCUGAUUUAGUUCCUGGAGGUAAAUUUCCUGGUGUAUUUCAUGGUCAACAUUACCGUCUGCUUAAAAUUCAGAACACAAUUCAUAGCAUUGGUGGAAUACAGUGUAUUUUGCCUAUUUUAGACAAUCUUGUAAGAGAGUCAGAAAAUCUUAUUAUUACAUCUGACAAUGAUGUUCUGGAUAUUGAUUCAUAUAAGCCUUCUAAAGGGGAUGAGUUUUCUGAUUGGGACGUUAUAUCAACAACUUCAUACACGGAAUGGAAAAUGCUUCAAAACCCAAUUGCUAGUUUUAUAUGUUUUCUUAGAUAUCUAACUCAGAAUAACGAAAAAAAUCAAAAUGAUUUGCUGACGUCAAAAUCUUUGGAAGCUAUAAGUAUGCUUUUGAUGAAAUGUGACUCAAAAAUAUUUGACGUGCAUGCUCUCAUGUCAAUUCAUCUAUUUAUUGAAUCUAUACAAAAUCAACAAUCAUUAAGUAAUUAUGAAUUAUUGAAUUGUAUGCAUUCCGAAAUUGCUUUCAACUUUGCCAUUUGGUCUAGAAUGCAAUUUCAAAUCACUCUGGGUCACAUUCAGUAUUUGGGAACAAUGAUAAAGAAUGAUAGAAAAUAUUUCCGGAAAAAUUUUGGAGUACAAUUUGUCUUAGAUACGAUACGAUAUUUUUAUUCUACACCAGAUAAUAUUCCUGAGGAUGAUGCAAAAACCAUACGAUCCACUCUAUUAAACAUAAUACGAUAUUAUUUACAAAAGGAUAUCAAUAUUAAAGAAGUUGGUCACAUAAUUUCUUUUGUUGCAUCAACGAAACAGGAACAAAUUUUAAUAGAACUUUUAGAAAUGCUCCUGUUUUAUCUUAAAGGAAAAUCUUGCAAAGAUCAAAUGGUUUUAUUAUUAUAUGAACCAAAUACUGCUGUUCUCUUUUAUAAUAUUUUUAUAGAUAAAUUAUAUAGUGAUGAAAUUCACAGUGCAACGAUUCGGAUUAUUGAUUGCCUUUUAUCAACAUCACGGGUUCAACUAAAAUACAAACAAUUUUUGCGUUUACAAGAAAUUUCAGGUGCCGAACCUUGUUCUCUGUAUCCAGGAUUAUUUUCUUUUAUAUCACCAUUUCGUUUAAAUUCUACUGUUUUAUUAACAUUAAUUGAUCAUAUUUUACUGCCAGAUAUUGAUUAUUGUGCUUUAAUAUUUUUAAUGCAUCAUAUGAGUUUGUGUGAUGUUUCACAAAAACUAGAAAUAGUCAAGAAGUUGUUUCAAAACGUCUUUGCAAGGCAUAAUGCUCUUGCGAAAAUCGCUCAACAAACUGGCUGGCAAGAAUCAAUAGCUCGUCUUUUAAUAAGAAAACCUAUUUCAGUUGAACCAGAAAAUGUGAAAACUAAAAACUUAGGCCUCGAUUUUCAUGAUAUUUUAUUAGAAGAUAAUAAUGAUUUUGUUCAAGCCGAUUUAAUAACUUUUUGCGAAAAUCAAAUAGGAGAUUCAAAUAUGGAUAAUAGAGAAAACAAUUUAAUAUUAAAUGAAAUUCAAACAAGUGUAACGGAGGCGGCGAAUGUGUUGGAAAAUGAAAUUAAAGAGAUAGCCGAAUCAGUAACAGGUGUCGUUGCCGAAAACGUCUCUAACGUUUUCUCAGCUUUAAAGCAGAGAACUUCAGAAUUUCAAGAGUCCUUAGAAUCUUUCGGUGUUGCAAUGGGUACCUCAAUAGAUUUAGAAACACUUUCAGGAAUUUCAAUUCGAACAAGAACAUCGUCAAAUAGCUCAGAAGAUCAAAGUUCUUCGCAAUCAUCCGUUGCUUUGUCGAAAAAAAAGUCAAUAGAGAAUAAUGGCACUAUAGAUUCCUCUCCAAUUCCUGAAACAGAUGUAGAAGAGGAACUCGUUUAUUUAAUUACCAAUGCGCUCUUUACAGUAUUAUGGCGUGGUGUUGGUAAUGAAAAUAUAGGGUGUUGGAAAGAGCGGGGACAGGUUUUAGCGUGCAUUAAUUUGUUAGGCUUAAACAAUGAACUUAUAACGUCACAUUUAACAAUAAAAUUGAGAAUCUUAGAGUUGGGAGUUCAAGCGAGCCUUUCAGAUUUAACUGAACAAGGACAUCAAACUCUAUACAACCAAGAAAACGCAUAUCAAUUACUACGCAUGGUGUAUGAUUUAGUUGUGCUGGGAUCAAAUGAAGAUGAAUCAAAAAAAUGUUCAAUUAAACUAUUAGAUGGUGUUUUGUCAUUAAUUGAUUCCUUAAUGAUAUUUCAACAGGGGGUUUCUGAAGAUUGGUCAGAUAUGAUUCGGUUAAGUCUUGGAUUGUUAUUGAAAUGCUCAGUUCAUCCCGAUACUGGAAUAGUAGCAAUGGCCACUGCGAAAUUAUUGGCUAUUUUGCAAAAUAGGGCCUUGAUUGAAUCGACUGAAAUGGCAUUUUUGUUAUUUAGUGUUAAUGUAGCUAUAGUUAAUGCUUUAGAAGUUGACAAUAAAGAUCUGUACUCAUUUUUAUUGCCGGUUAUAAGAAUUUUGUUAAACAAAUGUCGUGAAAUAUUCGCUUUAGAAGUUAAUAUACCCGAUUUACCUCAAACAACAUCAGGGCCUGAUUUUUUUAAAGAAUUUGAAGUUUUCGUUACCACCAAAAGGUGGAAAACCUUUAUGGAUAAAAAGAUUAAACCUUUGUAUGACGUAUAUCAAAAAGAAACUGAAGCAACGUUAUGGGAACCUAUUAAUAGAUUUUGGGCUGAGUGCUAUGAAGCUUGUAAAGCAGCAUCAAAGAAACGGGGAAAUAUUCAGUAUGAAAGUAGAAAAAUAUUUCAGCACAAGAUUAUUACUCCAUGGAAGGUGAAGCAGAUAGAAGAACUUUCAAGAUUAAAUAUGGUUAAUGUGCAUAUCAAAACUAAAAAUAACUUAAACAAGAAAAGGUGGAAAAGUACAGAAAGAUUUUUAUAUGGGCUCCGUGGACCGUGGUACUGUGGUACAGAACCUGAAGAAUUUUGGAAACUUUCAAAUCACGAAAAUACUUCUAGAAUGCGUUUAAAACUCGAACCGCAAUUAUACCCGAACCAACAUGAAGAUGCAGCUAAUUUAAGGGAUAAUGCCUCUUUCCUACCAGAAAUAAAAGACAUUGCGUCAGAUUUUGAUUCUACAAUUAAAACCGCAGUCGUGCAAGAUUUUCUAACGGAUGAUGAAAAUGUUUUGUUAGAGGAGGAAUUGCGUUCGAGUGUAGAGGCACAACCCCAAGAUGCUCUUUUAGAAAAAGCAAUUAUUACACAAGACUGCGAGCUUAUCACAUUGAUGACCAAAAUAAAAGGCAGAAUUGAAGUUAAUCAAGAUGUAUUUACUUUUACCGAUACUAGUCUAGUAAAAGAAGAUAAAGAACGAAACGAUUUUCGAUUCUUAAUUUCGAAAAUACGAGAAGUUCAUCUAAGAAAGUACAAUUUAAGAAGAAGUGCGUUAGAAAUAUUUUUGGUUGAUCAAACUAGUUACUUUUUGAAUUUUACAACAAAAACAAGAAAUAAAAUAUUCACAAAAAUCUUAAGCUUGCAACCACCCCACAUCUUAUAUGGAUCUGGUAGAUCCCCGCCAGAAUUAUUAAAAUCAUCUGGAUUAACACAAAAAUGGGUCGCAAGGGAAAUUUCGAAUUUUGAGUAUUUGAUGUAUCUAAACACAAUUGCAGGCCGUUCUUAUAAUGAUUUAAGUCAAUACCCAGUAUUUCCUUGGAUAUUAUCAGAUUACACCAGUGAAAUUUUAGAUUUAACAGACCAUACAUCUUUUCGAGAUUUAUCUAAACCUAUCGGGGUGGUUAACCCGAAAAAUGAGGCAGAAGUUCGUGCUAAAUAUGAGAGUUUUGAAGAUCCAUCAGGUGCAAUACCAAAAUUUCAUUAUGGAACACAUUAUUCUAAUUCGGCUGGCGUUUUACACUAUUUAUUAAGAGUAGAACCAUUUACAUCCUUACAUAUAGAAUUGCAAAGUGGAAGAUUUGAUGUAGCUGACAGACAAUUUCACUCUAUUCCUCAAACAUGGAAAUUAUUGAUGGAUAAUCCGAACGACGUUAAAGAACUGAUACCGGAGUUUUUUUAUUUCCCAGAGUUUUUAAAAAAUAUGAAUAAAUUUGAUUUGGGUGUAUUGCAAAUAACAAAGGAAAAAGUUGACGACGUUAUUCUUCCGCGAUGGGCAAGUACACCUGAAGAAUUUAUAGAAAUUCACAGAAGAGCUCUAGAGUCCGAAUAUGUUUCACAAAAUUUGCAUCAUUGGAUAGAUUUAAUAUUUGGAUAUAAACAAAAAGGUUUGCGAGCUGUCGAAGCGCUAAAUGUUUUCUAUUAUUGUUCCUAUGAAGGUGCGGUUGAUUUAGAUAAAAUAAAAAACCCAAUAGAACGAGAGGCAAUAGAAGGCAUGAUAAAUAAUUUUGGACAGAUACCUUCGCAACUUUUGCGAGAACCUCAUCCACGGAGACUAAACCAAGAAGAAACUUUGAAUAAACUUUUAAAAUAUGAACUGAAAAAGCCUGACAUUACUCAAUUCUUGGAUCGCACUUUUAAAUUUUAUUGCGACAUAUCCACACCAAAGGACCCCAUAGUGUAUCUUAGUGUACCGCGAAGUCCACCGAAAUCUUUUUUACAAGUCAGCCCAGACAUUCUCAUAAGUAUUUCAAAAUCACAAGUAUUGGGUUGCAACUCUUGGAUGUCAUAUGAUAAAGAGAAAGGAUUUCUUUUAGAAAUAGACGCAACGACCACAAACAUAAAAAAUCGCAAAAAAGUGUUUGGACCAUUUCAUCCUUCUAUUAAAAUUGAUUCACAAAUAUUUGCUGUUAGUCUAGAUGGAAAACAUUUGUACGCCGGGGGAAUUUUUGAUAGCUCGUUAAGAGUUUUCAAUUUACAUAAAGGGAAAUUAAUUUCAUCUGUGGUUGGACAUUUGGACACAAUAACAUGUUUAGCUUUAGAUAAUUGCGGCUCUUACUUAGUAACAGGAUCAAAAGACUGUACUUGUGUUAUUUGGAGUACAUUUGGAAAUCAAUUUGGAUCUGCGCAGAAUAAUCAAAAUAAUAAUACAAGUAAUAAUAAUCCUUUUACCCCUGUUCCACUGACAACUUUAUACGGACACGACGAUGUUAUUAGUAGUGUAGCUAUAUAUACAGAAUUAGAUAUGGUUGUGUCAGGAUCUAAGGAUGGAAGUGUUAACGUUUAUUCGAUACAAGAUGGUCAAUAUAUAAGAACAUUGAGACCACAAGGUUGUACCGAACAAUUUGUUGAAAUAACUUUCAUAACAAUUUCUUAUCAAGGUCACAUCGCCUUUUCAGCUCUCGAUGAUACUUCUCAUUCAGUACAUGUUUUCAAUGUUAAUGGUUAUAGUUUAGGUUCAAAGUAUGUUUCAGGACGCGUAACUGGCUUAACAACUGCUUCAGAUUACCUAAUUGUGGUUGACGAUGCUGGAGAUAUUACUAUAAGUCGAUUAUACGGAUUAAAACCUGUUUUUGAAAUACCGUUGCACGUACCAAUUCAAACAGUAGUUGUUUCUCAAGAAAACACCCAUAUAUUAGCACCGUUAAGAGAUGGUAAAAUAGCAGUCAUUGGAAUUUUUUUUCCGCCACAAAAUCGUAAACAAAAUAUUUUAAAUGUUUAAAAUUUGUUAAUUACUGAUUUUAGUGUAUUUAUAUUUGACAAAACUGUAUUACAUAUUUGAUAUUUAAAAGUUAUAAAUAAAAGCAUUCCAUAACUAAUGGUUAUAAGAUAAUGUAUGUAUUU